AUGUGCCAAGAGUUCCUGAAGUUCAACCUGCAACUAAAAUUGAAAGAACGCGAGAGGAAGACUGUUCGUUUAGGACAGGAGGUUAAGAGGUUUAAGUUUGCUGUUCUCAUGUAUUCUCUCAAGACGCAAUAUGACAUAAAGUUCUAUAAUUCCUCAACUAAUAGGCUUGGAGUUUGGUCUGGUUAUACGAAGCUGCUUAAGUGUGGAACAAUAGCACAAUUAUUUGAGGAGAGACUUCAAAUCAAUCCUAAAAUCAGAUCGAAGGAGAUGGUUGAUGAGAUAAAGAGAGAGUAUAAUAUGAUUGUGACCGAAGAACAAUGCAGAAGAGCAAAGGCAACACUUGCUGCCAGAAGAAAGGCGGGUCAUGAAAUUUACUUUGCAAGACUUUGGGAUUACCAGGAAGAGGUACGUAAAUCUAAUGUAGGAUCAACAAUGGAAGUUGAGACAAUUCCUGGUCCGGUUCCUGGAAGCAAUCAAAGAUUUCACCGCUUGUAUAUGUGUUUUGAAGCCUUGAAAACGUCAUGGAAAGGCUCAUGUAGACCCAUUAUAGGAUUGGAUGCUGCAUUUAUGAAAUGGGACAUUAAAGGUCCAAUGCUAACUGCUGUUGGUAGGGAUGGGGAUAAUAGAAUUUUUCCAAUAGCUUGGGAUGUGGUAGAAGUUGAGGAUAAUCCAAAUUGGUUAUGGUUUGUGCAACUACUGAAAAAAGACAUGGGUCUUGAAGAUGGCGACGCUAUAACAAUAAUCUCAAACAAGCAUCAGUACACGAAGAGCUUCCUCAGGCCGAACACAAAAUGUGUGCUAGACAUGUUCUACAAAACUGGAAGAAGACAAAUAAAGACAUUGUCCUUGAGCGUCUAUUCUGGAAAAUAG